GGGACAUAACUUUAAUAAUUUGAUUCGGCAGAUCUGGAGAUAGAUCCAAACCUAAAACACUAAAAUAUCUGCAAAAUAUCUAAUCCCCCAAAUAUCUCCCAAAAUUUGAAAAUCCUAAAACCCCAACCUUAUAAAAUUAACAACACAACAAGCAGCAGCAGGUAUGGAGAACUGUAUGGGUGGAUACACAUCAGGCAGAAGCAGAUCACAGUCGCUGGGGAAUGAAAAAACUGAUGCCCAAAGCCAGAGUGGUCUUCCUCAUCACCAGAGAACGCAUUCUGUUUCUAUCAGUAUGCCAUCUUCUCCUAUUGAAGUUCACUUACAGAGUUCUAAAGUAGUUCAAUUCAGAGAUAAUGAUGAAGAUGACAUUGCAAAUUCUUCAACUGCAUGUGAAACUGCUAGCACCAAACAGGCGAAACAAGCAAAAUUUCAUUCUCAGCCAAUGCCAAAGGGAUAUGUAUUUGAUGAGGCAGUUGGACGUGGGAAAUUUCCCAGCCAUUCAGAAUUUGCAACAGGGAAUCCAAGGAUUCAUAAAAUGAAGGACAAAAGGUUUGAUUCUUUCAAAACAUGGUCUGGAAAACUUGAGAGGCAGUUAUCGAACUUGCGUGGGAAGCCGCAGGAAACUGGGCAAGAGGUUAACAAUUUGCCAAGAGCAGAGAUGGAGACUUUACCUGUGGACAGAUACUUUGAUGCCUUGGAAGGACCGGAGUUGGAUACCCUCAGGGCUUCAGAAGAAAUACUGCUUCCAGAAGACAAGAAAUGGCCAUUUCUUCUUCGAUAUCCUGUCUCAUCCUUUGGUAUCUGCCUUGGCAUUAGCAGCCAAGCAAUUAUGUGGAAAACCUUGGCCACUUCUGCUUCCAUGAAAUUCCUUCAUGUAAGCCUGAAUGUAAACCUCAUCCUGUGGUGCAUAUCUGUCGCUCUUGUGGCUAUUGUUUCAUUCAUCUACUCUCUGAAAGUAAUUUUCUACUUUGAAGCGGUUCGCCGUGAGUACUACCACCCGAUUCGUGUUAAUUUCUUCUUUGCCCCAUGGAUUGCCCUUUUGUUCUUAGCUCUUGGGGUUCCACCAUCCAUUGCUCAAAACCUGCAUGCAGCUCUGUGGUUUGUUCUUAUGGCGCCAAUAUUUUGUCUAGAGCUUAAGAUAUACGGACAAUGGAUGUCAGGAGGACAGCGGAGGCUUUCAAAAGUCGCGAAUCCUUCAAACCAUUUGUCAGUAGUUGGUAAUUUCGUCGGUGCAUUACUGGGUGCAUCAAUGGGGCUAAAAGAAGGGCCUAUAUUCUUCUUUGCUGUUGGGUUGGCUCACUAUACAGUCUUAUUUGUGACUCUGUACCAGAGACUCCCAACAAACGAGACACUCCCAAAGGAGCUGCAUCCGGUGUUCUUUCUGUUUGUUGCAGCACCAAGUGUUGCUUCCAUGGCGUGGGCAAGGAUUCAAGGCUCCUUUGAUUAUGGGUCACGGAUUGCUUAUUUCAUUGCCUUGUUUCUUUAUUUCUCACUGGUUAGUGCUCUGUCACCCAAAAGCAUACUCAUCCUCACUUAUUGUCUUCCAUGCAUGUUAAUUGCCCUUCCAUAAAAUCCUCAUACUGUACUUGUUUGAGGGACUACUAUGUUGAUGAAACUUGGACACUUGACGUUUCACCAGGAUGAACAUAAUUUGGCUUGGCAGUAAGAGCCUUAGAAGAAAUUUCCCUUUAACGUGGUUUACCCAAGCCCUUAUCCAGUCUCAUAUUUCAAUCUCCAGAGAUAUGAAUAACAUUAGACUUGAUUGGCAAGGAAAACCUAUUUUUCCCAUGGUUUGUGGAAAGGAUUCUGUUUUUUAAAAUGUGGGAAAAUAGGGUGGAGAUUGCCAUGCCUAGAAAUAAUUGCAGAUGACAUUUGAUCCUGACUAGUGCUGCAAGUUGGCUUUAUGCUAAGGAGAAAAUUAGUCCACCCUGACCAUAGAACCAGGUAGCUUGGUUUCCGCAGCAAUUUACAACAUCCAAUAAGUUGGUUUUAGCAGUGUGGUGCCUUUUGUCUGAUUUUUAAAGGUUAAAAGCAACAUGCAGUUCUUAGGACAGUCUACAGUUCAGUAUAUCUGAUAAGAAGUGCGUCAAUGUCAAGUGUGUCCAAAUGGGACCUUUAUUGGAAAAAAGGAGAUCAAACUAGGUGACUUCAGUGCCCUAGGAUUUACUUUGGUUAUUGUACUUUAACUAAGUUCUCUUGCUAAUCCUUUCUUUUUUGUGUAUAUUUACAGGCUGUCAGGGCCAAUUUUUUUCGAGGGUUCAGGUUCUCAUUGGCAUGGUGGGCCUACACUUUCCCGAUGACUGGAGCUUCUAUUGCAACCAUCAAGUACUCAAGCGAGAUCACAAACGUAGUAACUAAAUCUCUUUCUGUAAUACUCUGCAUAAUUGCCACACUCACAGUAACAGCUCUGUUUGUCACAACUCUUGUCCAUGCCUUUGUGCUCCGAGAUCUCUUCCCGAAUGAUCUUGCUAUUGCAAUUAGUGAGAGAAGGCCAAAAACAUCCAGGAAAUGGUUCCAUAGGAGACCAGGCAGCUCAGAUACCAAAGACAUUGAGAAUUACCUAAAAUUUGCAGACUCUGAUAGCAAAGAUAUUGAGGCUUCUCUGUCACCUUCAAACUCCAUUGCCAAAGAGGUGAACAAUUCUCAUCCAAACAUCAUCCACAACAAUCCCUCCCUUUGUGUUCCAGCGGCCUAAGAAAGUUUAUCAGUUGGUGGGCUUCCACAACUCAGCUAAGGGAGGAACAUAGUGUCAAAGUUUUGGCAGUUCUGGUGAACUUGGUGUGCAAAGAGAAAAAUGAAGGUUUAUGUAGAGAGAGAAUGUCUGAACCUUUUUAGUUGUAAAUCAUAAGAGAUGGAUGUUUGUGAUAUUGUACCAUUUUCUGAAUGAAAU